GGGGAUUUAUUACUCCCCAGCCCCCUGAGGUGUAACCAGAACCUUGCCCUCCAUUGACACAUGAUGCCGUAUUCAGGGUAACUUUGCUGCACUUCAUUAAUCAAACUUACUGAUGUGAUUUCAGGAGUUUAUUUGUUUGAACCUAAGCGCCUCUAAAAGACCAUUAUUUUGUGAAAGACCUGCUCUGGACCUUGGACUUAGUAUGACAAAUUAUCUUGUUCGAGCAGUGAAACUGAAUUUUUCCAUGUGUGUCUGUGUGUUCUGAUAUAACUUAUCCAAAUAAACCAAAACACUCAAUUUUUUUCGAGACCUUGUCCAGGCUGUUCUUGAUGAAUAGAAAUGAUGAGUGUUCUUGGUGAUGGGUCUUGCCAUCAUACAACUUCACAAUGCUCAGUAUGCAGAGAAUAUAGUAGCAGCUUAUUUUUUGUAAGUUCCAUUCGUUAAUUUGAUCCCUGUAUUGUAUUCGGUCGGGUCUGUGUUUCAUUUACAGCUGCCACCACUGAUAGAUGACCUAUAAAACAGCCUUAAGUGUCCAUGCUUUUGUGGAACUUUUUCCAGCAUCAUUUCAACAAAUCGCUUUACAAAAGUUAAAGAAAACUGUAUACACCCAGGUUUUAUUAUAUUCAAGGCUGAUUAAAUUAUCUGACUAGGGUGAGAGUAUCUGGGCUGAAAUGUUCCAAAAACUGUUGCAGGCUUUUGAAUGCACCGUGAAUCAUAUUAGGUUUGUGAAAGCAGACUGUAAGAAUGAAAAAACAUUGUCAGUGUUUGUGCUCUGAACGAUUGAGGGGGAGGAGACAAACAGCUGCAUAGCUCCACAGCAGCAGCUCUUCACUCUAAACUCUCUCCUCCUCCAUUUGAUUACCCCGAUGAGCUGAAGGAAGUUACAUUAUACCAGCAGCAGCGUUCAUCUUAAGACAUGCUUUGCAGAGGUUGCAGAUAAAUUCACUUUGAUCCAUGAUGAUCACUAACUGCUCGUCACCCCCACCAUCCCAAGAGGGGCCUCAGUGUCCACCUGAGAGUUCCUCUCAGGUGUUCGCUCCAGCUGAGCAUGAGGUUCAUCAACAGGACGUCAUCCAAGAAACUCCUCUAGAAUCAGUAGAAGACACCUUGAAAUCUCUGCACAUGCAUCGUAACAAACACUUUAAACGUUUGAGCUCUCAAUGGCAAUCAACCUUCAGGGGCAACAUUGCUCUCUCUCCAACAGAGAAGCGGCACAGUGCAAAGAGCUUCAGGAGGCGCUGCAAGCUGCUGGGAGACGAGCAGCCUCUAUGUGUCACUACCAACAAUCAGCGCCAGCGUUACGUCACCAAGGACGGCAAGUGCAGGGUUAAUCUGGGACACAUUAAAGACAAGAGUCGCUUCAUUUCAGAUAUUUUCACCACAUUAGUAGAUCUUAAAUAUCUCUGGUUCCUUCUCGUCUUCACUGCCUGUUACAUCCUCACAUGGAUGUCCUUUGGUGCAAUCUACUUCUUAGAUGCUUGGCUACGUGACGACAUUGCACACGCCCACGACUCCCAGUGGCAGGCAUGCUUUGAAAAUGUGGACAGCUACCUCGCAGCCCUGCUGCUAUCUCUGGAGACCCAGAGGACUAUUGGGUACGGCACCAGGAGGGUAACAGCUAAUUGUCCUGAGGGUGUGGUGCUCCUGAUGGUCCAGUCCAUCACCGGCUCCAUUAUCGAUGCCGUGAUGGUGGGCUGUAUGUUCGUUAAAAUCUCCCGACCACAGCAGAGGGCCCAGACACUGAUCUUCAGCAAACACUGCGUCAUCUGCGAGCGUGACGAGAAGCUUUGCUUGCUCUUCCGCAUAGGUGACCUUCGAGAGAGCCACAUGGUGGACGCCAAGAUCCGAGCCAAGCUGAUCAAAUCCAGGCAGACCAAGGAGGGAGAGUUCAUCCCACUGGAGCAGACAGAGAUCAAUCUGGGCUAUGACACUGGAGGAGACAGGCUUCUCCUGGUAGAGCCCCAAACCAUUGCCCAUAUCAUCAAUGAUAGUAGUCCCUUCUGGGAGGUGGGGGCCAAGCGCUUGAAGAGGGAGACACUGGAGAUUAUCGUUAUCCUGGAAGGCAUUGUGGAGGCAUCAGGUAUGACAUGCCAGGCAAGGACAUCCUACACACAGGAUGAGAUUCUGUGGGGUCACCGAUUUGCUUCGUGCAUUUCCCUGGAAAAAGGAGCAUUCCUCGUGGACUGCAGUGCGUUUGACAAAACCUUUGAAGUCGAAAUGUCUCCACUCAGUGCAAGAAACAGAAGCCAUGCAAAGGAUGAGGAAUCUAUAUUUUAGAAACUGAAAACAGGUCUUAUUUGUGGAAACUAAGAAUCUGCAGUUGUAGUAAUUUUAUCUACUUUCUUGAUGUGGAAAGUUAAUUAUUUUGCUAUGUAAGUAGGUGAACCGAGUAAUUUUCAAUGAUCUAUUAAAUUUUAAAGACAAACAUGGCUUUCAUACCUCUUUUUGUACACCAGCUGUGACAUUCUCUGAAGUAAUGACAAUCAUAUUGAUGAAUAUAAAUCUCAGGGAGGCCAUAAUUUCUGUUGUUUUCCUUGUGGUAUGUUUUGACAUAACAUGGUGUCUGAUUUAUUUCAAAUCAAGUAAAAUAAAAUUUAUCCUCUUUUUUGUUCUUCAUCUUUUAGUUGUUCCUUUUAGGGGGUACCAUAGUGGAUCCUCCAUCUCACCCUAUCCAUAGCAUCCUUUUCUGUCACACCAAUCCCUAUGCAUGCAUUUUUUCUGUGCGCUUCCUCAUUUUCAGCAUCCUUUGUCCAAUAUAUCCACUGUCCCUUCUUCUGCAUUUGUCCAAACCAUCUCAGACUUGCCUCUAACUUUGUCUCCAAACUGCUCAGCCCCCCUGAUAUUCUCAUUUCUAAUCCUGUCAUUCUGCUCACUCCCAAUGAAAAUGUUUAACAUCUUCAGCUGUCUCACUUCCAGUUCAGCCUCCUAUCUUUUUCUCAGUGACACCAGCUCCAAGCCAUAUAUCAUAGCAGGUCUCACUACCAUCUUGUAAAUCUUACCCUUUACUCCUGCUGCUAUCCUUCUGUCACAAAUCACCCCUAACACCGGCCUCCACCUAUUCUAUCUUGCAUGCACUCUUUUUUUCACCUUUCUUGUCCCCUCUCCAUUGGUUUGGAUGGCUGACCCCGGGUACCUGACCUCAUCCAGGCAUUCUCUGUUAAACAGUCUGGUCAAAAAGUCCAUUGCUCGCUCUACUAGACAUCUCCAUACCUCUACAGGUUGUCAUCUGGACCAUCCGGCUUUCCACUUUCAUCCUAUUCAUAGCUGCCCUCAGUUCCUCAUAACUAAUGAUUCACCAACAUUGCUUCAUAUGUCCUGCUCUCACUGUCACUUGUCUGUGGUCUUGUCUAGGUGAAUAGAAGAGUAGCAUGGCAAAUCUAAAUUUAAAGGUCCACCGUUGUUUGGUGAUUUUUGAACUGUGCGCUGUUGGACUCAGGCCGGAUUAUUUGCCCAGGGAUUUUACCCAUGUAAUCUUGGUGGCUGUUUAUGUUCCUCCCUCUGCUAACCCCACUGCUGCAUUUGACAUUAGCACUCUGUCAUAGCCCAGUUACAGACUCAGCACCUGAGUGAGGGCAGAUCCCAUGAGUUGGAUUUGUUUUCAACCGAUCUGACACUGUAGUAAUUGCCCCCCCCACUGACCUACCUGUAGUUAGCCUGCAAUCCACUGCCAAGCCACUCACUCUCUUUCUCUCUACACAUUGCACCAUAAAAUCUUGAGAAAAUCCUGACACCCCUCCCACACCUAUCGUUUUCAAUCGUGACCAGGUUCAAAGAGAACAGAGAAGACUCCACUCAGGCAAGUCUGCUCGACCAGACAGGGUGAGUCCCCUUGUCCUCAAGGCCUGUGCCCCCAGCUUUGAGGAGUCUUUCAUUAACUGUUCAUGGUGAAUCUGAGCCCGCAGAGUGGAAGACGUCACAGUGGCCCCCGGGAUUACAGACCUGUGGCACUGACAUUCCACGUCAGACCCUGGAAAGACUCCUCUCUGACCAUUCCCAAACUAUUAUCAGGAUCCCUUCACAAACUGCAUGCUAUGUUUACUCCAGUUAACUUUGUCUUUA